AGCAAAAACAAUUAGCACUGACUGAUUCAAAUUUGAAGAAUUCUCUGCUGCUCUCUCUAACAAAUUUAACUCCAAACAUUGAAAGACUGGCAAAAUCAAAACAGACUCAAAAGUCUCAUUAAAAGUUUUAAGCCAUGUGGCGAACUGCAGCAAUUGUUGGGGUGACAAGUGCCUUGUGGGCAGCUGGAAAGAAUGGACUGUCAAUUGGAGGGUUCUCACUGCCUCAACUGAGCAGUCUGCAGUUGGCAUCUGUAGCUGCAGGUAUCUACAUCACCACUGGUGGCUACCACACUCUCUGGCUUGCGUACAUGACUCUCCCCAGAGAUCUCAUUGCAGGGUACAGGUAUUUCAAAAUAAUGGCCAAACUCAAGUGGGCCCUCUACUGUAAUACCAACCUCCCAAAAGUGUUCAUGGAAAAUGUUAGGAGGAAUCCUAAUAAGGUUGCACUCAUAUUUGAAGGACAAGAAUGGACAUUUGCUCAGAUUGAUGAAUAUAGCAACCGUGUUGGCAACUUCUUGGUGGAACAAGGCUACAAACAUGGUGACACUGUGGCUUUGUUUAUGCAGAACUGUCCAGAGUAUGUGUGUAUCUGGCUUGGAUGUGCUAAGGUGGGACUUGUUCCAGCUCUAAUAAACUUCAACUUGCGACUUGUUCCUUUGAAACACUCAGUCCAGAUUGUUGAUUCAAAGGCCAUUAUUUGUGGAGAAGACUUGCAGGAAGCUGUUGAUGCAGUCAAGGAUGAGUUAAGCUUUCCAAUGUAUGUGUCUGGCUGUGGUAAUGCAACACUCACCUUAAAGGGGGCCAAGAACUUAGAUCCUCUGCUGAGUGCCUCCAAUCCUACUCCUCCACCACAGAUAGACUCAGUUUCUGCCAGGGAUAAGCUGAUCUACAUCUAUACUUCUGGAACAACAGGACUACCCAAGGCUGCUAUCAUCAAACAUUACAGGUACAUGUUCUUCUGUACUGCUGUUCACUUCAUGGCUGGACUGAGAGAUGAUGAUGUGCUCUACAACCCACUUCCUCUUUAUCAUUCUGCUGGUGGUAUGGUUGGUAUUGGACAGGUGUUGGUGUUCAGCAAUACUGCAGUGAUCCGUCGCAAGUUCUCUGCAUCUCAGUAUUGGGUUGAAGCCAAGAAAUAUGGAUGUACAGUUGCCCAGUAUGUAGGAGAGAUCUGUCGUUAUCUCCUCAAUACACCACCAAUGCCUGAGGACACUCAACAUAAGGUGAGAGUGAUGUUUGGUAAUGGUGUGAGACCUCAGAUCUGGGAACAGUUUACUGCCAGAUUCAAUAACCCUUGUAUUGCUGAGUUUUAUGGAGCUACAGAGAGUAUAUCAAAUAUUAUAAACAUCGAGGGGAAGCCGGGUGCUUGUGGCUUUGUGUCAUUGCUUUUCCGACAUGCUGUGCCUGUCUACUUGAUCAAGAUCGAUGAGGAAACUGGUGAACCUGUCCGAAACAAGAAUGGGCUCUGUAUUUUAUGUGAACCUGGUGAAGCUGGGGAGUUUGUGGGAGUGAUCAAAAGAAAUGAUCCAAUUCGUGACUUUCAUGGUUAUGCUGACAAGAAGGCGACAGAGAAGAAGAUUGUGAAGGAUGUAAUGAAGAAAGGUGACACAGCUUUCAGAUCUGGUGAUAUUCUUGUUAUGGAUGAAUUAGGCUACAUGUACUUUAAAGACCGUACAGGUGACACUUUCCGCUGGCGUGGUGAAAAUGUUUCCUCAACAGAGGUUGAGGGAGUUGUCUCCAAAGUUGCUGGAAAUAAAGAUGCUGUUGUGUAUGGAGUAGAGGUGCCAGGGGCUGAAGGUCGAGCUGGGAUGGCAGCAAUUGUUGAUCCAGAGGAUGAACUUAACUUGAAAGCAUUUACAGAGGGAUUGACAAAGUCCUUACCACACUAUGCCCGUCCACUCUUCCUUAGAAUACUUAAGGAAAUUGACGUUACAGGUACUUUCAAACUGAAGAAGUUAGCCCUCCAAAAAGAAGGCUUCAAUCCAAGCACCAUUAAAGAUAAACUGUUUUACUUGGACAAUAAGCUAGGGGGCUAUGUGGAACUUACUGACAACCUCUUCAACAAAAUAGACAGUGGAAGAGCUGGUUUGUAAUUUCAGUACACACCAAGAAAUGUUGUGUCUUGUUUCUGAAAUCAAAUAAGAAAUGUGUUUCUAUAUUCUUCAUUUAUGACAACUUCAUCUUUUAUUAUAUUUUUUCUUUCCUGUGCUUUACAACUCUUCUAGAUGUUGGUUGUCACCCCACCUGUAUUUUAUUGAAAAUACUGUAGCAUAAAAAUCUAAAAAUUUUAUGGUUGUUGACUUUAUAGAUUUUACUGCUGGUUGCCUUAUUUUGCAUUAAAGUCAAAUUUUGUAUCAUGAACUGUUAAAGUUUGUACCAUAAGCUGUUAAAAUUUGUACCUGUACUAUGAAUUGUUGAAGUUUGUACCAUGAACUGUUAAAGCUUUUAAUGGUAAACAGAAACUCCAGUUCUGUAUAAAUGUAUUUGAUGAGAUAUGAUAUAUUAGUUUAUAGAUACUUCUUUUAGAAUUACCAUACUCACAUCACAGUGUCUUAUUACUUCAAGUACCAAAAUACUACAUGCUGCAUUCUUGUAUGAAAAUAUUGUACAGUACAGUAUAUCAGUAUAUAGUCAUGUGCAAGUGUGCUCUAUGUAUGUUGCUGUGAUUGUGUGUGUGUGAGAGAGUUCAUAUUUGAGUACCAAUUUGUUUAUGCAUGUUAUUACGGUAGAACGUUGAUAUAACAUGAAAUACGUUCCAAGAGAGGUCGCUUUAAACCGACUUCGCACUAAAUCGAAGUGUUGUUUCAAUGGAAUAAUUUAGUUUGGUACUUGAGAGAAACACAAAAUACUAAAAAAGACUGAGAGUCUACCCAGA